CUACACUACCGCCAGCGGCGAGGAUGUGCCAGCAGCGACACAGCCGUUCGGGUUAUCAAAUUCUGGGAAGGCUAACUCCCCACCUGACGCCCUUGCUGGAGGGUCUGAAUCCUUCGCACGAAUGCCCAGUCCAGGCUGCUCUUCCGCGGAAGCGCGGUUUGAUAGCCACAAAGAAUGUGAAGUGGGUACAAGUCAAUCUGUGAAGCGAAAGAGAACUACAUCUGACCCCUCGGUCGAAGGCGCGUCACCUACACGGGUCCGC